CAGAUUGGAUGUGAGUGGAGGAGCAGUUACCUCCAUAGUGAGAGUGUCGCCAACCACUGGAUUGUUAAACUACACGAUAAGAAAAAGGAAGAGAAGAAGAAGGAGAUACUCGGGAGGAAAACUUUUGGAGGAAGCUAUUGUUCUUCUAUUUUUAUUUCCCAGGUACAGGUUGAAGCGGUGCCGCCGGUCCAGCAGCGAGCAGUAUGCAUUCAGACUGCAGGCUGCUAUGGGCAGAGCGGUAAUGGUGGGCAGGGGACCGACAGGGGCCGCCGGGGGUCUCGUCCUGUCCGUCCUCCUCAUCCUCACCACGGAGGGCUGCCGAGCGCAGAAAGGUGAUGGCUGUGGCCCCAGUGUGCUCGGUCCGAGCAGCGGGACUCUGUCGUCUCUGGGUUACCCGAGGACGUACCCCAACAACACGGUGUGCGAGUGGGAGAUCAGCGUGCCUCGUGGCAAGAGGAUCCACUUCCGCUUCGCCUCGUUGGACAUAGAAGACAGCGACUGCCAGGUCAACUACCUCCGCCUCUACAACGGCAUCGGACCAGAGAGGAGCGAGAUUGUGAAGUACUGCGGUUUGGGUCUGAAGGUUAAAGAGCUGAUCGAGUCCACUGGCAACCAGGUCACUGUCCAGUUCAUGAGUGGGACCCACCACACCGGACAUGGAUUCUACCUGUCCUACUCCACCACUGAACAUGCAGAUCUAAUCACCUGUCUGGACAAAGGAAGUGAUUUCCCCCAGGCAGAGUUCAGUAAAUACUGUCCAGCGGGCUGCUUGACAUCUACAGAGGAGAUUUCUGGAACUGUACCUAACGGCUAUAGAGAGUCCUCCCCUCUGUGUGUGGCAGCCGUCCAUGCAGGUGUGGUGUCCAACGCUGUGGGAGGGAGGAUCAGUGUGGUCAGCAGCAAAGGCAUCCCUCACUACGAGGGCACACUGGCUAACAAUGUCACUUCCACUGGAGGAACUUUGUCAAACAGCCUCUUCACCUUCAGGACCAACGGCUGCUAUGGGACUCUGGGUUUGGAGUCUGGUGUUGUUGCAGACACUCAGCUCAACGCUUCGUCGGUGUGGGAGUGGAACGUCAUCACCGGUCAGCGCAACGUGUGGUCGCCGUCAGGGGCCCGGCUCAAAAAGACUGGGUUACCCUGGGCGCCAUCCCAGAGCGACCAGCAGCAGUGGCUACAGGUGGAUCUGAAGAGAGAGAAGAGGAUCACAGGUAUCACCACCACAGGUUCUACCCUGAGAGAGUACCAGUACUACGUCUCAGCCUACCGGAUCCUGUACAGUAGCGAUGGUAAACAGUGGUACAGCUACAGGGAAGCAAAUUCUACACAGGACAAGGUUUUCCAAGGCAACAUCAACUACCUGCAUGAGGUGAGGAAUAACUUCAUCCCUCCGGUUGAGGCCAGAUAUGUGAGGGUAAAUCCCACCUCAUGGCACCAGAGAAUUGCGCUCAAGCUGGAGCUGCUUGGCUGCCAAGUUCCUUCAGCGAGGCGGACAGACCUGGUGCCCAGGAUGUUUUCCCCCUCUCAUUACCCUCCACGUCCUGCGGGUACAAAACGGCCGCCUCGACUCGGCCAAACAACGCACACCCCGGACAUCAGAAACACCACCAUGCCUCCCCACACUGGUAAAGAUGUGGCGCUGGCAGCAGUUCUGGUUCCUGUGUUGGUCAUGGUCCUCACUGCUCUCAUCUUGAUUGUGGUUUGUGCUUGGCACUGGAGGAACAGGAAAAAGAGCUCUGAAGGGACGUAUGAUCUUCCUCACUGGGAUCGCACAGACUGGUGGAAAAGCAUGAAGCAGCUGCUCCCUUCCAAGAUGGUGGAGACGGAGGAUUCGGUUCGGUACAGCAGCAGCGAAGUUGGCCGGCUGACGGGGAGAGGGGCUGUCCCACGAUUACAUGCUGAACCUGCAGAAUAUGCCCAACCACUGGUGAGCGGUGUAACUACACUCGGUGCGCGGUCCACCUUUAAACCAGAUGAGGGACCUGACCCUGGAUACUCAGAUCCAGACCUGUACGACGCUCCCAUCUCCCCAGACGUUUACCACGCCUACGCAGAACCGCUGCCAGCUUCAGGAUCUGAAUACGCUACGCCCAUCGUGGUCGACAUGGGUUGCCACCUAUCAGGGGGCUCUGCUUUGAACCAGCCCUCUACAGUGUGCAGUUUCAUGGGUGCCGGGCCUUCCUCGAUGCUCACACGGACAGACAGCGGCCAGUCGGGGAGGUUGGCGUACGAUACGCCUAAAAACGCCACUGGACAGGUGACGCCCACCGAGGAUCUGACCUACCAGGUGCCUCAGAGUAGCACUCAAAAGCCAGCAGGACAGAGCUGAAGAGUCGGGAUGAUCUGCCCCUCGUUGCCCAGAACAACCCAACGGACAAAGACAGAGGGUUGUAUGAGGAGGAGGUGUGAACCUGUGAGCCUCGGCUUGAGUCUUGAAUGAACACUACCUUAGCUUUAGAUUCAUCUGGAGAUGUCUGUAUCGCCUGAACAUUUCUGCAUGGCCACAAACUGCUGGUGUAGUGCCAUUACAGUCCUAUCACUGAAACCACAAAGAUGAAUGUGUUUGUGCCCGGCGCGAGAGUUCGGAGACGGAUGAGCGGGAAGGAGAAAGCUGACUACUAUUUGAUAAAGACUCUGUCCCUGUUCUGUGAUUCUUAGUAGGUCUUUCAUCCUGUGAAAACUGUGAUUUCCAUUCAGUUAAAUACUAAAGAAGGUUCAGCUGUAAUGUACCUGACGAUUCAUCAAAUCUAAGGGUUUUCUUACUGAAUUAACUGCAUGUUGCAUUAAGUACUCUACAUCUGAGAUCUAAGAGAAACUCGUUUCCACGGUACGUUAUUGUCUUACUUCGUUUAAACGCAUGACUUGAAAUUGUGGAUAGUUUUAGCAAAUUCCAUUACUGCAAUCCUGUUUAAACUCAAAUGAUUUACUGAUAUUUAUUUUUAUUUCACAUCCUGCUGAUGAGAGAUUUUUUUAGUGAUAAAUACCCCACUGCCCUCACUGACAGCAGGUCAAAGAACAGAGCUUUGCGCUGUUGUGAACGAUAAAGUCGUUUUUGAUAAAUCCUGUCAGACAUUUCAACUUGAAGAGGCUCAUGGUGAGAAUCGAUCCAGUGAAAUUCCCUUUUUUUUUUAUAGUAUUGGAGACCAAAUGUUGCCUUUUCUGUUGAUUCACAUCAGAUCUGACUUUCACAAUUGUGCCAAGUUUUGCCAAAUAACCAUAAAAAGAAGUCUUAAGUUAGAUGAUGUGUCCUUCAAACUAAAGGUACUGCGAGAAGAGGUAGUAAAUAUGUUACAGCUGUGAUCGUUUCAUAGUUUGUGUGUUGAUUUUUGUAGUGAUUGUCUGGUGUUGAUGUGGGUGUUUGAUCUGGGUUCCCUCCUUGUAUCUAUGUGCAUCGGUGUCUGGAAGUCGUUUCCAUAUUUCGGCCUUGUGUGUGUGUGUGUGUGUGUGUUGUUUGGACUGUGUAUGACGUGGCUUCAGGGUGUAGUAGAACGUCGUCUGUAGCACCAGUAGACUGCAUUCCUCUCCUGUCCAACCUGUGGUACUGAUCCGACCAAACGCUCGGCGGUCGGGAGAUGCAGAUGGAGGAGUAACGUACAAAACAAGCUGCUUUAUACCUUUUACAGAACGGCGACCUCACCUAAAGGGAAGGUGUUGUCUGAACAGCUGUGCCACUGUCAAGCUUCAAUUAAUGCUCAGUAACCAGAGUUGUGGUGCUUUGUGGUCACAGAGGGGUUGUGUUUAUGUGGCUCUCACUGAUUGUAUAUAGAGAAAUAAAGAGUUUUUAAAAGAUAAAA